CUGGCUUUCGUUGCGAUCAGUUGAACAUAGACGUUUGCAGUGACAAGAUCUAUUUUCGUGUACCAAUCAUUGUGAUCGCGUUCGUGUUCGAGAUUUUAAAUACAUAGCAUUUGUUGUUGAAAUGGCACCACCAACAUUACUUAGCAAGGAGAUACCCGAUAUCGAGAGCCUAAUGCUUUUGAAUCCACGAGUCAAGACAAUGUGUUCGGCGGUACCAACUGCUGAAACGAAGGCUAAUAAAAAGCAUUGGAAACGUAACAACGAUCGCAAUCCAACGGGCUGCUCAAAGCUACUCAAUAACUUCGAUGAUGUGAAACACACCACACUUUCGGAGCGUGGUGCGCUCAAAGAGGCAGCACGUUGCUUGAAAUGCGCCGAUGCACCUUGUCAGAAAUCAUGUCCCACUCAACUGGACAUCAAGAGCUUCAUUACUAGCAUAGCCAAUAAAAAUUACUAUGGCGCUGCAAAGGCUAUUUUCUCUGACAAUCCACUUGGCUUGACCUGUGGCAUGGUAUGUCCAACAAGUGAUCUAUGCGUUGGUGGUUGCAAUUUGCAGGCGUCCGAGGAAGGGCCUAUCAACAUUGGUGGUUUGCAGCAAUUUGCAACCGAAAUGUUCAAGGAGAUGGGUGUUCGUCAAUUAGUGCCGCCCAAUGUGAAACCAUUGCCGCAACCAAAAAAGAAAAUCGCAUUAUUGGGUGGUGGUCCCGCCUCACUUUCUUGUGCCACCUUCCUGGGACGUUUGGGCUAUAAGGAUAUUACCAUUUAUGAGAAACGUUCUUAUUUAGGCGGUUUGAGUUCAUCCGAGAUUCCACAAUAUCGUUUGCCUGUCGACGUUGUUAAUUUCGAAAUUCAAUUAGUUAAGGAUUUGGGUGUGAAAUUUGAGUUGAAUCGCAGUCUGUCCACCAAGGAUUUGACCGUUAAUCACCUGCUCUCAUCUGGACAUGACGCCAUAUUCCUGGGCAUCGGUUUACCAGAACCAAACGUGGAUCCGAUCUUCCGUGACUUAGACGAAUCAAUGGGAUUUUAUACAUCGAAAAACUUCUUGCCGAGCGUAUCAGCUGGUUCGAAACCUGGUUUGUGCGCAUGUAAGUCUAGCCAAGCCUUACCGCAGCUAAAAGGUAAUGUAAUCGUCUUGGGCGCUGGUGAUACCGCCUUCGAUUGCGCCACUUCUGCUUGGCGUUGUGGUGCCAAGCGCGUCUUUGUCACCUUCCGUCGUGGCACAACCGGCAUGCGCGCCGUACCCGAAGAGGUGGAAUUGGCGCGCGAAGAAUGGUGCGAAUUUCUACCUUUUCUAGCGCCCAGCAAAGUAAUCGUUAAGGAUAAAAAGAUAUGUGCAAUGCAGUUCUUCCGCACAGAAAUUGAUGACGAUGGCAAACUAUUUGUAGACAAAGAGCAACCUACAACACUGAAAGCAAAUUAUAUUAUAUCGGCCUUUGGCUCCAUUUUGAAUGACGCAGAAAUCAUAGACGCCAUUAAACCAGUCGAAUUGGAUCAUUGGAAUCUACCCAAGGUGGAUCCAAAAACUCUACAAACCAGCAUACCACAAGUCUUCUGUGGUGGUGACUUAGGUGGUCAAGCUAAUACAACAGUUGAAUCAGUCAACGAUGGUAAAAUUGCCGCUUGGAGUAUUCACUGCCAAUUGCAAGGCCUGCCGCUAGAGACGCCAGCUGAGUUGCCAUUAUUCUUUACCGACAUAGACAAUGUUGACCUCUCAGUUAAUUUAGACUAUGAGCUCACCAACAAAGAAACUGGUAAGAAAGAAAAGCAUACACUUAAAUUCCCCAACCCAUUCGGUUUGGCAUCCGCUCCACCUACAACCAGUUCAGCUAUGUGCCGACGUGCUUUCGAGCAGGGAUGGGGCUUUGUAGUCACAAAAACAUUUGGGCUUGAUAAGGAUCUGGUCACCAAUGUAUCGCCACGUAUUGUACGUGGCACUACUUCAGGCUAUAACUAUGGACCACAGCAAGGCGCUUUUCUUAAUAUUGAAUUAAUUUCGGAAAAACGUGCCGAGUACUGGUACCGUUCGAUACGUGAACUCAAGAGGGACUUCCCCAAACAGAUUGUCAUUGCGAGUAUAAUGUGCGCAGCUAUCGAGGAAGACUGGAAAGAAAUGGCUGCCAAGGCUGAGGAAUGUGGCUCCGAUGCGCUCGAAUUGAAUCUGUCUUGCCCACAUGGCAUGGGUGAGUCUGGUAUGGGCUUGGCAUGUGGUCAGAUACCAGACCUGGUAGAGCAAAUUUCAAGAUGGGUCAGUGAAACUGUAACCAUACCAGUCUUUAUUAAAUUGACGCCGAACAUCACGGAUAUCGUGAACAUAGCCGCGGCGGCGCAGCGUGGCGGUGCCGCAGGUGUAUCAGCCAUCAACACUGUACAAGGAUUGAUGAGUUUGAAAGCUGACGCAACGCCAUGGCCAGCGAUUGGCGUAGAAAAACGUACUACUUAUGGUGGCGUAUCGGGAAAUGCGACACGUCCCAUGGCGUUGAAGGCAAUUUCUUCAAUCGCUAACAAAUUACCUGGAUUUCCUAUACUCGGUAUUGGUGGUGUUGAUUCAGGAGAAGUCGCAUUGCAGUUCCUGCAGGCUGGUGCCUCAGUGGUGCAGGUUUGCUCAGCAGUGCAAAAUCAGGACUUUACAUUGAUCGAAGACUAUACGACAAGUUUGAAAACUUUGCUAUAUCUGAAGGCUAAUCCACCGCCACACAGUGCCGAAUUGUGGGACGGACAAUCACCACCAACACCAAAACACCAGAAGGGUAAACCAGUGGCUCACUUGACUGAUGAGAAUAACAAGACCUUAGGCUUCUUUGGACCUUACAAGAAACAGCGUGAGGAAAAACUGUAUGAAGAAAGAGUCCGGAAUGGACCCUUAUGGAAUGCUAAGUCCGAAUCUGCUGUGACACGUGUGAACGACAUAACAAAACCAGCACUCAGAGUGAACGACGUAAUAGGUGUCGCUUUGGAUCGCAUUGGUGCUUACAAAAAAUUGGACAACAAACAACAAAAAGUGGCGCUAAUUGAUGAUGAUAUGUGCAUAAAUUGCGGCAAGUGUUACAUGACAUGCAAUGACUCCGGCUACCAGGCCAUACAAUUCGAUGCCGAGACGCAUAUACCACAUGUCACCGAUGACUGCACUGGUUGCACGCUAUGUGUGUCCGUUUGCCCGAUUAUCGACUGUAUUACUAUGGUGCCAAAGCAGAUUCCGCAUAUCAUCAAGCGAGGUUGGGGUGAGAAUACGCCUGUUUAUACGCAUGCGCUUAGUCCGAUGCAGUAAAAAUUGGAUCAGCGCUAACUGUAAAGCACACAAUGAAGUUUGAAUAUCAUUGCCCCAUUUAUGUGUAAACCCAUAUCGUUCAGGGCUUAUUUAAUGUUACAUAUCUAAUGUUAUAUAUUCCUUUUUAUUAGUAAAACUAUUUAACUCUUUGGAUGAGGUUUGAAUAGCCAAUAAGGGCAACUCACAAUUAAAUGCAAAUUACCUGAAAUUUGUAUAUUAUUUUGCCAUAAGAAUAAAUAAUUAAACUUUUUUGUACUGAAGUAAA